AUGUCAUCGGAAAAGUCGCGUCAACACCACGAUGGCAGCAGCGGCCGCGCCUUUACCGUCGACCAAAAGGCCGCCGUCGUCCGCGUCCGCAAAUGCAGUCCCACCGCCUUCUACGACAUCCUCGGUCUCGAAUCAGUAAAGACGACCGCCACAGAAUCAGACAUCAAANAAGCAUACCGCAAGCUCAGUCUGCUCACACAUCCCGACAAGAAUGGUUACGAUGGCGCAGACGAGGCUUUCAAGAUGGUUGCUCGCGCUUUCGCUGUGCUGAGUGAUUCGGACAAGAAGGCCAAGUUUGAUCGCUUUGGAGGAGAUCCUGAUAGCAGGUUUCAGGGUGCGAGCGCUAGUUCGGCGAGUCCCUUCUCUGGCGGUGGUGCUACGAGGAGGGGUCCUGGUGCUGGCAUGUUUGACGAUGAGAUUAGUCCUGAAGAUCUGUUCCGUCAGUUCUUUGGCGGCGGCGGCAUGGGCAUGGGCGGUGGUGGCUUUGGAGGCGGUCCCUUUGGAGGUGGCCUUUUCGACGGCCCAGGCUUUGUCUUCAACAUGGGCGGAGGCCCCGGUGUACGUGUCCACCAAUUCGGCGGCGGCGCACCGCGACGACGACCCCAAGCGGCCAGAGACCCCAAUCAACCACCUCCGUCUCUCCUGCAGUCGCUACAAUCUCUCCUCCCGCUACUCCUCCUCUUCAUCUUCNCCCUUCUCUCCGGCCUCUUCUCUGGCGGCAGCACACCCUCAGGUCCUUCUGUUCGCUUAGACCCCGUAUCGCCCUACACUAUGCAACGCGUUUCCUCCGGCUUCGGAAUCAACUACUACGUCGACCCGCGCGAAGUCUCCGACCUCACGAAUCGAAAAUGGAAAGAGUUGGAUAAGAGGGCGGACACACAAUAUGUCCACAAACUGUCCAACGAGUGCGAGGUGCAACAGCAGAGGAGGCAGCAGAUGUUCCAGCAGGCUCAGGGUUUCUUCUUCGCCGAUCAGGUCAAGCUGCAAGAAGCCAGGAGGUACCAAAUGCCUUCUUGUACGAGGUUGAAUGAAUUGGGCUACAGGACUUCUUGA